AUGUACACAGCUUCAUUCGCUUUCUCUGAAGCUAUCUGGGAGGCUGGAAUCACAUACUGUUUUGUCAACCUGGGGUCUGACCAUCCUUGUAUCAUCGAGGCCAUGGUCAAGGGGCAACGUGAGGCCAAUGAACGGUUUCCGCGAAUCGUCACAUGCCCAGACGAGGGCCUGGGCGCAGCUGUUCACAAGGCUUCUACGGGGCGAGCACCGGUCUUUGUGUUUGCUGGAAUGUCGCCAUUCACCCUCGAAGGCGAGAUGCGUGGUCCCCGCACUGGAUAUAUCCACUGCAUGCAAGAUGUUCCUGACCAGAAGGCUAUCCUUGGCCAACAAUGCCGUUAUACGGUCGAAAUAAUGACGGGAACUAACGUGAAGCAAAUGGUUAAACGUGCCCUCCAGUUCGCGACGAGCGAUCCGCGGGGAUCCGUAUAUCUAUGCGGCGCGAGGGAGGUUAUGGAGGCAGACAUCAGUCCGUACUCGCUGAAGCAGGAGCGCUGGGACUUGGUGAAGCUCGGUGGGCUUCCUGGAGGUGCGGCGGAAUCCAUCGCCGAGGCCUUGUCGACAGCUAAGAAGUCUCUGAUUGUCAUGGGGUAUUCUGGACGCAACCAUGGGGUUCCUGAGGCGCUCAUGGUCUUAGCGGAUACCAUCAAAGGCCUGUGUGUACACGAUACCGGAGGCAGCGACAUGUGCUUCCCCGCCGGCCAUCCAGGUUGGCUGGGCCUGCGUUUCGGCGUAGACGACUCGGCGGACGGGCGCUUCAAGGCGGAUUUCCUGACGUCUGUGAAUCAGAUCCUGGUGUCUCUCGAGUCGGGGCCAGCUGCCAAAGCGUUGGCAGCUCGUGACCAGACAUGGGCGGAAAAGGAGCGGAGGAAAGGUCACUAG